UACCUCACAAUGCCAUACUUGGCCUCAGAUCAAAUUUACUUGUCUGUCAUGGCAAUGCUCUGCCGCACCCAUCGCUAUACUUGCUAUGGCUUCACCCACCGCCCAGAGAGCCGCGAUGUUGUCUUCCUCUCAUCGUCGCGCGUUCACGAUCACGAUCACGUCUAGACAUACCACCACCAACCAUGGAGGACCCGGAACGUUCUGAAGUAUCCUUGGCCAUUGACUAUGUCGACGCAGACGCAGGAAUGGUCGACGCAGAUGCAGAUGCAGACCCCACUCCUGAGACAGGACCGACUGCUGUAUCGUCAAUUCCCGAUCUGAGCGCGAUUGACAGAGGCCAGCUGCGCAGACUGCCUGAGUCGGAGGUGAGAUUGAUUGAGCAACACGGUCAGCUCUACAGCGACAUCUUCCGUAAGCUGCAGCUCAAACCCGGGAAAUAUUUCGAUUUUUGGAACGGCGUCCUUCGCGUCCUCCGCAGCAACCACCUCGACGAAAUCCAACGAGGCACAGCCAGUGUUUACAAGCAAUUCAGCAACCGCCUUCUGAGGGGUUACGGAACCAUCGUCUGGGUGUCCCAAGUAGACGAGUGGCUCAUCGAUGCAGCCGACCUUGACGAGGGUGAGGAUCGAUUGACGUACAGAAAACCACGCGCAACAAGACCAGCAAGCGACGUCUCUGAGAACGAUAGGUUCUUCACCAUCCUGCAACCUCUUUGGGUCCGGAUGCGCAACGUUCUAUUCACUCCACGAACUCAAUCUACUCCUCGCGGUCGUCGUCGCGUCGGACGGCCAAGAAACCUUAGCACAGUCAAAGACGACGAGGCAGAAUAUCAAGACCUCUCCGACUCUCAAACUCCUUCUUCCCCACCAGCAUCCUCCCUUGACCGCGCACGCGCAAGAUCACAACAAAAGAUCACAAACCUGCAAGCCAGGAUGGCCGAAGUCACCCCAACCGACCAGAAAAUGACCUAUGCAGAGACCGAACGUGGCCUUGUCGACCUCAUUGUCGCCCUGUCCAAGCUCAGAGCACGAAGCGACCCACACAUCUUUGAGAGUCUCUGGCAAGAGAAGAUCAUGCGCAUCGACGAAGUCGAGGACGAAGUUCCAGAAGAAGACUCAACCGUCACCGACAAUGCUGUUGUUGCACAAGGAAUGAUCCCCAUCAACGAGCCAACAACCACCUCCACCUCCAUGUCCAACGAGCCAUUCAACAGCCGCGGCAUCCCGAUCAAGGAUCCAAACUCGAUCAUCCCACCCACCCUUCCAUCGGUCAUGUCAAUCUGGAUCAGUACCGCGUACAUGCCCAGCAUCACUCUCUCCGACGACGGCUUGCCAAACCACGUCCACGUCUUCGCCCCCGAAGCCAAAGCCUACCACUGGGUCGACGCGCCUGUCGAGAAUCUGGACAUGAGCCGCUUCAUCGAGGGGGUCAAUUACCGCGUCACCACUCCUGCUUCAAAGGUCCUCGGCUACGUCUUGAGUUACGGAUGGAAUGACAUCUGCCGCUUCAUCUCAACCGGCCGCUUCGAAGCCCACGAACAAACCAAGCACCUCGGCUGCAGCGAGCAUGUUCAGGACCAGGGAAAAGGCAAAGAGAAGGCGGCUGUUGAUGAGGGUUCCAAGGCGAAACUCAAGGGUCCUGAUGUCGACUUCCCUGCCCAUCAAUGGCGUGUGAUUGGUGUGGGAUGGCCAGACUUUCAGGAGGAUCUUCUGUGUGCCGCUCGCUUGGGAGUCAAGGUCUGGAGAAUGAAGGUGUGCGUGGUCACUCUGCCAUAGAGCUACCCAGCAUGAGUUUCUCUCUGGCCCUGUAUGGAUCAGCAUGAGGAUGCCUGAUGAUCGAAAGAAGGAUCAAAUUCCGCCUGAGGAAUCGACCACGCCCAAUACUGGCCAUGGUUUAGAGGUGUCUUGCACGCCCUGUUAUUCAAAGAGGUGUCUGCAGCGGACCGAGACAUAACAUGAAAGCCUUUCCAACCCUGCGUGGCAGCGGCUGAGU